GUUCCCGGAAGCCGGGAGCUCCGAGAUCAGUUUCUUUACCUUCCUGUGUUCGAGGCUCCGAAUCUGCAACCAUGAGCACCCCGGGCGUGUUUUCCUUUACCCAGCAGGGCUGGGGGCAGGUGCUGGCCAAAAUGAAGCGGGCUCUGGUCUAUCUGGACGCCGCCUGCGCCGAGAGCCUUCACUGGGGCUGCGGGUCCACCAGACUCUUGGACUCAGUGGGGGGUCCGGAGUGUCACCUGCGGGAGUUCGAACCCCAGGCGGCUGGUGGCGGAGCAAAGCAGCCCAAAGCAGUGUUUGUGCUGAGCUGCCUGCUGAAAGGCCGGACCGUGGAGACGCUCAGGGACAUCAUCCGCCGCAGUCAUUUUCAGUACUGCGUGGUGGUCACAGCUGUGAGCCACGCUGUCCACCUCACGGCUAACCAUGUUCCAGCGGCGGCGGCGGCCGAGCUGGAGGGCCAGCAGCCGGUGUUUGAGCAGCUGGAGGAGAAGCUGUGUGAAUGGAUGGGCAACAUGAACUACACGGCUGAGGUGCUAUAUGUCCCCUUGCUGCUCGCCCCCGUUGCUCCCCACCUUGCCUUGACUCCAUCCUUUGCGUCCCUUUUCCCACUGCUACCCCAGGAUGUGCAUCUCCUCAACAGUGCCCGGCCCGACAAGAGAAGGCUGGGAAGCCUGGCUGACGUGGAUGGGCCUGCCCUGACCCCUGAGCUGACGCUGCAGAUCCGCUGCCUGGUGUCAGGCCUCAGUUCUCUGUGUGAACACUUAGGGGUAAGGGAGGAGUGUUUUGCUGUGGGCUCACUCAGUCGGAUCAUCGCUGCAGACCUUGCCAAUUAUGCCCCUGCCAAGAACAGGAGAAAAACUGCCUCGGGCAGGGCAUCGGUGGUCUUCGUGGACAGAACUCUGGAUCUCACAGGAGCAGUUGGACACCAUGGCGACAACUUAGUCGAGAAGAUCAUUUCUGUGCUGCCCCAGCUCCCAGGCCAUACAAACGAUGUGAUGGUCAACAUGGUAGAACUCACUGCACUCCAGACCAUGGAGGAGAAUCCCACCCUCGUCGCACCAGGCUGCCUCUCCCAAUCCAAUGACACGGCAGGAAAAGCCCUCUGGGAAGCCUUACUGAGCGCCAAGCAUAAGGAGGCAGUGAUGGAAGUUCGGAGACAUCUAGUGGAAGCUGCAAGCAGAGAAAACCUGCCAAUCAAGAUGAGUAUGGGUAAGCAUAGCUCUGUCAUGUAA